AUGUUUUUAAAAUGGUGUCCUAAAACUAAUCACGUGUCUUUCUCCUCUCUAGAUAUCAGGGACACUGUGAAGUACAAAGAAGUCAUGAAACAAUAUGGGCUGGGUCCAAAUGGUGGAAUAGUGACCUCUCUAAAUCUCUUUGCUACAAGAUUUGAUCAGGUAAUGAAGUUCAUUGAAAAAAGACAAAAUGCAUCCAAGUAUGUUAUUAUUGACACACCAGGGCAAAUAGAGGUGUUCACCUGGUCAGCAUCAGGGACCAUCAUAACUGAGGCCUUGGCUUCCUCUUUUCCUUCUGUUGUAGUUUAUGUGAUGGAUACCUCUCGCAGUACUAACCCUGUCACCUUUAUGUCCAACAUGCUGUAUGCCUGCAGUAUCCUGUACAAGACAAAACUGCCUUUCAUUGUUGUCAUGAACAAAACUGACAUAAUUGACCACAGUUUUGCAGUGGAAUGGAUGCAGGACUUUGAGACUUUUCAGGAUGCCCUGAAUCAAGAGACAUCCUAUGUCAGUAACCUGACUCGUUCUAUGAGUUUAGUGUUGGAUGAAUUUUACAGUUCACUGAAGGUGGUUGGUGUUUCUGCUGUGCUUGGCACUGGAUUGGAUGAUUUUUUUGUUCAGCUUUCUAAAGCUGUAGAUGAAUAUGAGAGAGAAUAUCGUCCAGAAUAUGAACGCCUGAGAAAAACACUGGAGGAAGCUCAAAAUAAACAAAAGAAAGAGCAGCUGGAACACUUGUGGAAGGACAUGGGCAGCGUGUGUGUGCAGGGGAACACACUUACAGGGUCUGAUGAUGCUUCUGCAAUGGGUCCCUCUGAGCUGAUCCUAACACGAGGAACUCUCGAUGAUGAAGAAGAGAGGGAGAGUGAUACUGAUGACAUUGACCAUGAAGUUACUGAAGAGAGUCAUGAAGAACCAGCCUUUAGAAACUUUAUGCAAGAGACACGGAUGAAAUACCAGAGAAGAAGCAACCUGAAUGAAUGAGACCUUCUGAAACAGAGGGUUUGGAAUGCUUUGUAAUGUAUGCUGUAAAGGAACAGCAUACAGAAACUUGC